AUGGGGGAAGCCGGCGCUGGGGGGACUCGGCAUGACAGCACCUCACCUCCAACCAGCCUGCAAGGAGACAAGGACAUUGUGACAUCGCAGCCCUCGGGGACAGCGCGGAGGCUGCUGAGUGUCCCCAGCCCGCCGGCGUGCCCAGAGCGCAGGCAGAAGCCGGCUGGGAAGGACGCGCAGAGCCUGUGGAGCGGUGGCAGCAUGGCCUUGAGCAGCACCAUGUGCAGGCUGGGGCUGCGGCGGCUGCUGCCGCUGUCGGCGCUGCUGCUGCUGCUCGUGGUGCAGUGCCGGGAGCCUCCCAGCCCCGCUGCUGCCGGGGACACGGGGAGCUGGGCUGCGCUGGGCCAGGCCCCGGACGAGCAGGAGCUGGCGCCGCUGCGGGACGCCAUGCUGCUGGUGGAGGCGCUGCCGUGGCUGUGCGCAGCCGGGGCCCUGCUCGUCAAGGGCCUGGGGCUGGGCUGGGCCCUGGGCCGAGGGCUCUGGAGGCGCUGGGCAGGGGAGAAGAGCCAGAGCGCCUCGGCCUCUGCACGGCCGCGCUGCCGGGGCCACGGCUGCUCCCAGGAGCUGCUGCAGCUGCUGCUGGAGAACCGCGCCCUGAUGAGGCGCUGCCUGCGCCACAGCUCCCGGCACAGCCCAGUGCCCGCAGGGAGGAGGAGAAGGAGCCCCGGCACGCACAGGAGGAGGAGAGUCCACUUCUCUGCGCUCCUGUGACUCUCCAGCCCCAGCUCGUCUCUGGCCGUGCUGGACAUGGCAGGGAAUGCAUGACCGGUGCCGAGCCCAGGCACUGGGACGUUCCCGCCCAUAGGUGUUAGGAACCCCUUGUUUUAUUAGGCAUAGAUAGAUUUCCCCAGAAUUUUCUCAGUCCCAAGUUAAAGUUUUUCAAAAAGUUCAAGUUAAGGUUUUUUAGGCAUAGGCUCCCUAGUCUUGUUCUCACCCUGUAGUUGAAGCUGGGACGAUUAGUCCAUUUCAAUA